AUGAUAACUCCAAGAAAAUGUGAGCACAAUGUUAAUAUAAAGAGUCCGUGCUGCUUUCUCUUUCCUCUUACUCAGUCAUCACUCGCCGCUCGCUGUUUAAACAUAUACGCACACACGAACGAAGGAAAAAAGAAGAGGAGAGACGACAAUCGAUUGAAGAGAGAAGACUCCAGUGCUGCAGUAGCAGCCAGCCAGCCAGCCAGCGACAAUAACAGCAACGACCCGCCCAUCUUCUCUCCGACGAUUGAAAAAGAGAUGGACAAUCAUCCGACCAAGUCCUUCAACCAGUAA